AUGCUCCCCAGGCACUUGAGCCCCCAGCACCACGACGACUACAUUCUUUACCCCGAGCCACCACAGGGAGUCUUCAGCACAGCACCCAUGGAGAUGAGCAUCCCUGCCGACGCCUCUUACAUGUUCCCAACCUCCAUGGCAAUGGAUCACCAGCCCGCCCUCUACGACAACAACUUUAUGUAUCAAGGACGCACAUCACCUGGCCUUUACGAAGACGCCGAGUUCCAGUUGCCUUCUUCCAACCUUUCUACCGCAUCAGCACCAUCGGCGGCCUCUUCCAACGUAGGCUCGCCCCAAUCCCACAACGACCAGCCGGCGCCAAUCCUCGACUGGGCGCACCCCGGCAUCGCUGUGACCCCGGGCAUCGUGCCCCACGACUACUACAACACCGCCGGUACAGAGUACUCGACCUACGCCGGCCCAGGUAUGGAAGACUUUGCAACUUUUGAAUUUGCAAACACCAAGCCCCCGGGUUUCGUGGACCCUUCUCUGAUUCACCCCGACAUCAGCCGCCCCAUGAUGAGCAACUUCCAGAACCCCAACCAGUAUCCUACCUCUCCCGCCCUCUCGCCCUCGCCACAGUCAAUGUCAAUGGUUCGCAACGGCAGUCAAUCACCAUUCCUCCACAGCGGCUUUCAACAGCAGCAGCAAUUCAGCCCUUACGCCACUCCCGCAGACGUCCGCCGCCCCAGCCUUCACUCAUUUCCCUCAACCUACUCUGAUGGCAACAACUACAGCGGCGAUGAGGGCAAGGAGAAGCAGAGGUGCCCCCAUCCCGAGUGCGGCAAGGUCUUCAAGGACCUCAAGGCGCACAUGCUCACUCACCAGACUGAGAGGCCCGAAAAGUGCCCCAUUGUGACUUGCGAUUACCAUGUCAAGGGUUUCGCCCGCAAGUACGACAAGAACCGCCACACCCUGACUCACUACAAGGGAACCAUGGUGUGCGGUUUCUGCCCCGGCUCCGGUUCAGCGGCUGAGAAGUCGUUCAACCGCGCCGACGUCUUCAAGCGCCACUUGACAGCCGUUCACGGCGUCGAACAGACACCGCCCAACAGUCGCAAGAAGAGCAGCAGCGCCAACAGCGGCAAGAAGCUCGCGGGAUACCCUCCCGAUGCCACUGGCAAGUGUUCCACUUGCUCGCAGACCUUCUCCAACGCCCAGGACUUUUACGAGCACUUGGACGACUGUGUGCUGCGCAUUGUGCAGCAGGAGGACCCUUCUGAGGCCAUCAACGCACAGCGUCUGGCCGAGGUUGAGAACGACAAGGAGGUGCACCAGACGUUGGAGAAGAACCACCUCCCCACGCAGACGCAGAUGCCCUCGAACGAGGAGGAGGACGACGAGGACACGAUGGAGGACGAUGACGAGGAAGACGGCAAGCAGCGCGUCAGCGCGUCGCCCAAGAGGAAGGGCAACCCAGUCAACGGUGUUCAAAAGUCGCGCGGCCUCACUCACUCCCGGGGAGGCGGUCCGAUGCCUGUCAAGGCCAAGGGCCGCAAGAACCGACGCGACUACCCGUCAUCCUGGGGCUUCGAUAAGGGCCAGAUGACGAUGAAGAAGCGGGUGAUGGCAGUGUUUGAUGGACCCCGGCGGCUGGCCAAGGACGACAUGAUGCUGUCGACGGACCACGAGGUGCGCAUCAAGCUCACGGACGGCAACAACUACGUGACGGACCUGGACGUGCAGACACUGAAGCGUGCCGAGGGCUUCCUUGGUGCUACGGACGAGGAGAAGGGGCCCUGGAUCUCUGACGAUCCGACAGAGGAGCAGCUGCGGGAGAUGCAGGCGAUGCUCGAGAGCUGCCAGACGGCUCAGUAA